GGAGGCGGCGGGCGGCGACAGCCCGGGCGCGGACGCCCUCGGCGCGGGCUGGGGCAUUACCAAGGGCCUCGACCCCGAAAUGGCGCUGCUGGCCGAGCACCUGCUCAAGCCGCUGCCCGCAGACCGGCAGAUCGAGACCGGGCCCUUCCUGGAGGCGGUGGCCCAUCUGCCGCCCUUCUUCGAUUGCCUGGGGUCCCCGGUGUUCACGCCCAUCAAGGCAGACAUCAGUGGGAACAUCACAAAGAUCAAAGCCGUGUACGACACCGACCCAGCCAAGUUCAAGACCCUGCAAAACAUCCUGGAGGUGGAGAAGGGGUUGUAUGGAACGGAGUGGCCCAAAGUGGGGGCCACAUUGGCGCUGCUGUGGCUGAAAAGGGGCCUGCGCUUCAUCCAGGUGUUCCUGCAGAGCAUCUGCGACGGGGAGCGGGACGAGAACCACCCGAACCUCAUCCGAGUGAACGCCAACAAGGCCUAUGAGAUGGCACUGAAAAAGUACCAUGGCUGGCUGGUGCAGAAAAUCUUCAAGGCAGCCCUGUAUGCAGCACCCUACAAGUCUGACUUCCUAAAGGCGCUCUCUAAGGGGCAGAACGUGACAGAGGAGGAGUGCCUGGAGAAGAUCCGCCUCUUCCUGGUCAACUACACGGCCACCAUCGACGCCAUCUAUGACAUGUACACCAAGAUGAACGCAGAGCUUGACUACACGGUGUAGGCGCCUGACACGCCGCCAGCGACGUGGGAGCAAGCAACCCGGAAUCACUGUGAAUCAAGCUGCGUCCCCCAGCUCAGCCGCCAGGCCAGCCUGGGUCUGCAGGGGGGCAGCCUCGGCUUGUUAGAGAUCAUUUGCUUUUUUUUUUUUUUUUUUUUGCCUAUU